GAACCUUAUCUGGAAUGAGCCAAUGGAUUUCCACUAGCAGAUCACACACUUAUUCAAAUAACAUCCACACUAAUGUUGCCCAGUAUUUUCCUAUUUCGUGUAACGAGAUAACCACCAAAACUUAAUCAUAGGAGCCAAUGGCUCAUUUACUAGCACCACCUCCUACCACUCUCUCCUCGAGAGCCCGCAACAGCCUCCUCUAUUCUCGGAAAAAUGGUAACUUUCCGACGUCAACAGUCUCCUGCUUUGGUCCCCAAUAUCAACAAUCUCAGCCCUCUUCCAUCUCUGAUCUUCAUCAAGUCCCUUCUCAUAGUGACCACUCUCUGCGUCGCAGGACAUUGAUGGGGCUGAGUGGUGCGGUAGUGGUGGGGUUGGGUUUGAUUGAUGAGCAAAGGGCAAGUGGUGCUGCAAGGCGCCCACCGCCUCCACCACCAACGGAGAAAAAGGACCCGAGCGUGAGUGGUGUUAUGGCUAAAAUAUUGGCUAGCAAGAGGAGAAAAGAAGCCAUGAAAGAAGAAGUUGAGAAGCUGAGAGCCAGAGGCAAAACCGUUAAUAAAGACGCACCACCACCUUAAUAGUUUCCUUCCACAUGUUUAACCUUUCUAUUGGUUAAUUUUACUUUUGUAUUACCAUUGUCGUUCAAUUGAAUAAGACAUUUUAGCUUCACAGGUUUAAUGGAGUGAAAUGACAUUCUUUUACAAAGAAAUACUUGUUGAUGAUUUUGUAAGACCUCACAGGACUGUCAUUAAUGGUUGUGCUUACAAUGA